GCAUGUUCGGUUGUGAAGACUCAGCUUUUCCACGUAGUGUGUUUACUAAGUACAGAUUGUCGGCCGGUUUAUGUGUUUAAUUUGUGUAUAUUAGGAACCAUAUAGCUACCUUUUGAAUUAAUAGUUUUUGGUUUUAAUGUGUCUCACGUACUGGAAUGUCAAAAUAUAGUAGUUUUCCUAUGUCUUGUAAAUGAUUAUUGGUCAUCACUGUUGGGCAGUAAGCUUAUCAAUUGAAAUUGCACAGGACUCCAUCUUGGAACUCCUAACAGUAUCAGGAUGGUGGACAAGAAUAUAUACAUUGUCCAAGGGGAGAUCUGUACUGUUGUAGGUGCCAUCAAGAGGAAUUCAAGGUGGAAUACCCAUACUCCUUUGGAUGAGGAACAAGAUCCAUUGCUUAAUGGUUUCAGCCACCUGAAAGAGAUUCUCAACAAUAUGAAAGAGCUGUCAGAUGUGGAGCCCAACAUAUUCCUGCGGCCCUUCCUGGAGGUGGUACGAUCUGAAGACACCACCGGACCAAUCACAGGCCUGGCCCUCACCUCUGUCAACAAGUUCCUUUCCUACGGCCUCAUAGAUGCUAACCAUGAGGCGGCGACGGAGGCCAUCGAGAACAUGGCGGCUGCCGUCACACACGCCAGAUUCGUAGGGACGGACCCCGCCAGCGAUGAAGUAGUGCUCAUGAAAAUCCUACAGGUCCUGAGGACUUUGCUGCUCACGCCCGUAGGAGCCCACCUGACCAACGAGUCUGUGUGUGAGAUCAUGCAGUCGUGUUUCCGCAUCUGCUUCGAGAUGCGCCUCAGCGAGCUCCUGAGGAAAUCAGCCGAACACACACUGGUGGAUAUGGUGCAGCUGCUGUUUUCCAGACUACCCCAGUUUAAAGAGGAGGCCAAAAGUUUUGUGGGCGCCAACAUGAAGAAGCUGAAGAUGCGUGCUGGUGGGAUGAGUGAGUCGUCAAAGUGGAAGAAGCAGAAGCGCUCGCCCCACCCCCCCCGCCACAUGGUGCGAAGUGCCUCGGGCGGAUUGGAGCAGGCCCCUACCACCACCCUCAGCAACAACAACCUCUCUGGUGGAGUCUCAUUCAUCGAGCAGGAUAUUUUGUCUGUCUCAGACAGCGUGGCCUCCAUGUCCACCCCCACAGACAGUGGCCUGGACACCUGCUCCAAGGCCACCUCCAGAGAGGACCUGACAGACCUGGACCAGAGCAGCUCUGCCGCCACCACCCCUUCCACAGAGCCUGGACACCUGUACACUCAGUCUGAGGGUAGGCAGGUGGAGCAUGCCCAGUCAGCCUCGGUGGAGUCCAUCCCUGAGGUCCUGGAGGACGGAGAAUCUGUGACAGAGCAUUCGGACUCAGCCUCAUUACAUGACAUGGACUAUGUCAACCCCCGAGGAGUCCGCUUCACACCACAGCAAACACAGAGAGACGGUGCGGCUCUCAUCCCCUACUCUCUGCCCUGUCUGCGGGAGCUCUUCCGCUUCCUCAUCUCACUGACCAACCCCCAUGACCGCCACAACACGGACGCCAUGAUGCACAUGGGCCUGCAGUUGCUGACCGUGGCUCUGGAGGCGGCUCACAUCGCCCCCUACCAGUCACUGCUGGGCCUGGUCAAAGACGAGCUCUGCAGACACCUCUUCCAGUUGCUAAGUGUGGACCGUAUGAACCUGUAUGCCGCCUCCAUCCGAGCGUGCUUCUUGCUCUUUGAGAGCAUGCGAGGACAUUUGAAGUUUCAGCUCGAGAUGUAUCUGAAGAAGCUGAUGGACAUCAUCACGUCAGAGAACAUGAAGAUGCCCUAUGAGAUGAAGGAGAUGGCCCUGGAGGCCCUGGUGCAGCUUUCGAGGAUCCCCAGCUUCGUCACCGAGCUCUACAUCAAUCAUGACUGUGACUUCUACUGCUCUAACCUGUUUGAAGACCUCACCAAGCUGCUCUCUAAGAAUGCCUUCCCUGUGUCCGGACAGCUCUACACAACCCACCUCCUCUCACUAGAGGCCCUACUCACUGUGAUUGACAGCACUGAGGCCCACUGCCAGGCCAAGGUGCUCAACAGCACCACUCAGCAGGACCACUCAACAGAAAUGGUGUUGGCAGAAGGGGACUGCUCAACCAACGACCGUACAGACACAACCACGGAAGCGAGCAGGCAGGUGAACAGUGCCAACGGUCAGAAUGUUCCAGAGGCUGACAGUGUGCCCCUACCACCUACCAGCGGGCACCUAAUGGCAGAGAAGAUGAGACUGGGCAGACAAGACCAGGAGGAGACAGAACCAGCUGAGAAGAAAGAACCAAAAAAGCCACAACGCUUCUCGUCUUGUUUACCGGAUUCUCAAGAGCUGUUGGACAUCAGAAAUAAAAAGAAGCUGCUGAACAGUGGCACAGAGCAGUUCAACCAGAAGCCUAAGAAGGGCAUCCAGUUCCUGCAGGAGAAGGGUCUCCUCAGCAGCCCCAUGGACAACAACGAGGUGGCCCAGUGGCUCCGGGAGAACCCCCGCCUCGACAAGAAGCAGAUCGGAGAGUUCAUCAGUGACCGCAAAUACAUGGAGCUACUGGACAGCUUUGUCAACACGUUCACCUUCCGAGGGCUGCGUAUUGACGAGGCGCUGCGUCUGUAUCUGGAGGCCUUCCGACUGCCAGGAGAGGCUCCGGUCAUCCAUAGACUUUUGGAAACCUUCACAGACACCUGGCAUAAAGUGAACGGCUCUCCCUUCAUGACCAACGACGCAGGCUUCGCCCUGGCCUAUGCUGUCAUCAUGCUCAACACGGACCAACACAACAACAAUGUGCGCAAGCAGAACAUCCCCAUGACUAUUGAGCAAUUCAAGAAGAAUCUGAAGGGUGUGAAUGGAAAUACAGACUUUGAUCAGGAUAUGCUGGAGGACAUCUACAAUGCAAUCAAGAAUGAAGAGAUAGUGAUGCCAGACGAGCAGUCUGGUCUGGUGAAGGAGAACUAUGUAUGGAACGUGCUGCUCCACCGGGGGGCCACCUCCGAGGGGGUCUUCCUCCAUGUGCCUGCCGGCAGCUACGACCACGACCUGUUCACCAUGACCUGGGGACCCACCAUCGCAGCCCUCUCCUACGUCUUCGACAAGAGCCUGGACGACACAAUCAUCCAGAAGGCCAUAGCUGGCUUUAGGAAAUGUGCCAUGAUAUCAGCUCAUUAUGGAUUCAGUGACGUUUUUGAUAAUUUGAUCAUUUCCCUCUGCAAGUUUACAACGCUCAGCAGUGAGUCGGUGGAGAACCUGCCCACAGUGUUUGGGAGUAACGGGAAGGCACAGAUAGCGGCGAAAACGAUGUUCCACCUGGCCCACCGGCACGGUGACAUCCUGAGGGAGGGCUGGAAAAACAUCAUGGACUCCAUGCUGCAGCUGUUCAGAGCCGAGCUGCUGCCCAAGGCCAUGGUGGAGGUGGAGGAUUUUGUGGAGCCAAAUGGAACGAUUUCCCUUCAAAGAGAAGAGACACCGUCAAAUCGGGGUGAGUCUGCAGUGCUGAGCUUUGUGAACUGGCUGACACUGAGUGGAGCGGAGCAGUCUGGUCAACGUGGGCCCUCUACUGAGAACCAGGAGGCCAAGCAGGCAGCCAUGCUCUGUAUCAAGCAAUGUGACCCAGAGAAGCUGAUCACAGAGAGUAAAUUCCUGCAGCUGGAGUCUCUACAGGAGCUGAUGAAGGCCCUGAUCUCAGUCACACCUGAUGAGGAGACGUAUGAUGAGGAGGAUGCUGCAUUCUGCCUGGAGAUGCUGCUACGCAUAGUCAUGGAGAACAGGGACCGUGUGUCGUGUGUAUGGCAGACGGUGCGAGAUCACCUGUGCCACCUGUGUGUCCAGGCUACAGAGAGCUGCUUCCUGGUGGAGAGGGCCGUGGUGGGCCUCAUCAGACUGGCCAUCCGCCUGCUGCGCAGAGAGGACAUCAGCUCCCAGGUGCUGCUGUCCCUGCGUCUCCUGUUGAUGAUGAAACCACACGUCCUGGCCCGGGUUAGCCGGGAGGUGGCCUAUGGCCUCCAUGAGCUGCUUAAGACCAACGCUGCCAACAUCCACUGCACAGACGACUGGUUCACCCUUUUCGCCCUAAUCGAGUGCAUCGGGGCCGGGAUCAAACCCCCCGCCUCCUUCAAGGUCACCUCUACUACCCCAGACAUCGACACAGGUGCCCAGUCGGACAGUGAGCUGUCGUUCCACCACCUCAGUGAGGUGAAUCUGGACCGGGGGUACACCUCAGACUCUGAGGUCUACACAGAGCAUGGAAAGUCCAGGAUGCCCCGCUCUGUCACUGACGUGGACGUGACUAGCAGCGGAUGGCUAGUGGUUGGGAAAGACGACCUGGACAUCAGCAAGGUAGCGGCUUCUGGGUCCAAGACCCUGCUAAACCCUCUAGUGAACCAGUACAGCCUGUCCCUGGGUCAAGACAUGGGUUUCCACGACACCAAGUCUCUCAUCAAGUGUGUGGAGUCCCUCUCCUUCAUAGUACGAGAUGCUGCACAUGUCACCCCCGAGAACUUUGAGCUGUGUGUCAAGGCCAUCCGGGUGUUUGUGGAGGCCAGCCUAAACGGAGGCUACAGGACCUAUGAGAAGAAGAAGAACCACAAGUACGACUCCCAGAAGUCCCGUGUGAGGAGGAAGCCCCGGGACAAGGAGGGUGCGUCCCGCCGCGCCAAGGCCUCCAGCCAGAGGCCUUCCCGUUCCCAUAGUGAUGACGAGGAAGACGAGGGGGUCCCUGCCAGCUACCACACGGUGUCAUUACAGCUGUUAGAUCUGAUGCACACGCUACAUACGAGGGCCUCCAGCAUCUACAGCUCCUGGGCAGAGGAGCAGCGCCGCCUGGAGCCAGUAGGGAAGAAGAUUGAGGCCGACUCCCAGACACUGUGGACCAGCUGCUGGUGCCCACUGCUCCAAGGGAUAGCCUGGUUGUGCUGCGACGCCAGGAGGCUGGUGCGAAUGCAGGCCCUGACCUACCUCCAGAGGGCACUGUUGGUCCAUGACCUGCAGACACUAGAUGCUGUGGAGUGGGAGUCCUGCUUUAACAAGGUGCUGUUCCCCCUGCUGACCAAGCUUCUGGACAAUAUUAGCCCUGCAGACGUGUGUGGCAUGGAGGAGACCAGGAUGAGGGCUUGCACCCUGCUGUCAAAGGUGUUCCUGCAGCACCUCUCUCCCUUGUUGUCUCUGUCCACCUUCACUGCCCUGUGGCUCACCAUCCUGGACUUCAUGGACAAGUACAUGCACGCUGGCUCCAGUGAUCUGCUGCUGGAGGCCAUCCCAGAGUCUCUGAAGAACAUGCUGCUGGUGAUGGACACAGCAGGAAUCUUCCACAGCGCUGACUCUCGUACGGGAUACUCUGACCUGUGGGAGAUCACCUGGGAACGCAUCGACUGCUUCCUGCCUAACCUCCGGGAGGAGCUCUUCAAACAGACAGUCAUACUACAACCAGAUCCUGCUCCUAGUCCCCCAGUGGAGCUUGUCCAGCAGGCUGCCCCCUGCCCCCCCAGCCUCGCCACCCCCAGCUCAGGCCCUAUCUCCUGUGCCAGUGCCAGAUUCCCCCACAGAGCCAAAGACCUCCAGCAGACCAGUGUCGCCCCAAGAUCCCCCACCAGAACAGACAGAUCAUCUCCAGUGCCUCCAUCGACUCCCCCCAUGCCCACCCCAGUGAAGAUGUCCCCCCAGAUCUCUAGCCCACUGAUCCAGUCCCCCACGAGUCAGUCCCCCCUCAUCCUGCAGCCCCUGGCCUCCCAUCUGCAGGUGGGGGGCGUGCCCCCUAUGUCCCUCCCCAUUAUCCUCAACCCCGCCCUCAUUGAGGCCAGUUGCCCUGUCCCGCUGCUCCCCGCCCCUCACCCCACUGAACAUAGUGACACCCCGCAGGUCAAAUAGAGCCACCAUAGCCCUAUGCCUACUCUCACAGGGGGCACUCCAUCCCCCACCUGUCCCCUAAACAUCAUAGCUUUCUCCUUAGGCUCUGCCCCCCCUUCACACAGGGGGACAAACAGUCUGACACAGAGACCCUUUACAUCCAUGGUCAUCUCUCAGACGACACUAAACAACAGACACACCUAGCUUUGAAGUCUUAUCUAACAUCCUGGGGCCUGCUGUCCCUCAAUAUUCACUUAUUCGUCAGACAUUUGUUGGAACUCCGUCGGGGUCUCAACUCUACUUUUGAGAGUUAGAUUAGUAGAAUACACAAGGUGCAAGUUUGAAAAUUGGUUGUGCAUUAGCAGUAAUUUCUCUUGUUUUGUCAGUCGCUAACAGUCACUCCAAUUAGCCAUGUCGUCUAAUAAUUUUUUGAUUGGUAAAUUAGUUUAGCCAGUUAUCUAUACUUGUAGUAAUCAUGGCCAAAUACUGACAGGGCACUUGCCCGGGGCCCUGACUUCUAGGGGGCCCCCCAUUUUUUAAAUUUUGUUAGUCACUCUCACUCAGAUAUUAACAUGGGAAAAUGUGUAGAAUUGCAGGAAAUUGGCUUUAAAACAGCAAAGUCAGUAGAAUUGCAUGAAAUGUGUUAUAAAAUUGCAAAAUGUCUAUUCCCCAUGGCAAAAUGUAUAGAACUGCAGUAAACUUGCUUUAAAACUGCUAACAUUUUUCUCUACGCCCCAUGGCAAAAUGUGUUCCAGGAAAUUACUUGAAAAUAUAUUUCUCUCCACCUUCAAGAGGGGGGGUCACGAAAAAAAUGGCCAGCUUGGUGGGGGGCCUCCCCAACCAAAUCUCGCUUAAGGCCCCCAAAAGGCUAAAGUUUUUCCUGAGUAUGCCUGUGCUUAACAUUAAUCUAGAGGUUCUGCCAGGAACAAAAUCAUAGUGAAUAACUUAUUUGGGUUUUAGUUACUGCAUGUUGUUUACUGAAUAGGAUGUGAACAGAUUCAUUUACUCCAGUCAAAGUGUUCAGGGCACUGUCUUAAAACAAAAACAGACCUGUAUCAUAACUAUUUUAUUGGAGGGUCGAAAUGUAAGUGUACAGUAAUAUAAAGCAUACAUAGUUUCUAUAUUUCCAGUAUAAAAUUGUGUCAGAGGUUAGAAAUUAGCCUACAAGUUUUCACAAUCUUGUUUGCAAAUUUUUAUUACAAUGGCCCUAAAACUACACUUUUACGUACUUUAAAUGCUGUUAUACCCAAGAGGGACAAAAGGUGUGCAUGGUUUGGCUUGGAAAGAUGGAUUUGAGAUGCUGCCAUUACUAACAAGGGCAGCACCUAGAACAUUCCGAAUGUGACAACUGGUCUGGCCUGGGUGUGUGUGUGUGUGUGGUUGGUUCGCUGUGUUCUGUGAUGGUGGAACUCUGUGCGUGUCAGCUUUUGUCAAACAGGUUAGGAGAGUUUAAUAGUAAGGUCGUAAUGAGAUUAUUUAAUGGAGUAUAUUAUUGCCUUUUGUCAUUUGUAUCUGGGUGUGUUUGUCAUGUUUGUGUAAUAAAUGUUUUGUCACAUACACCGGAUAGGUGAAGUGAAAUGUGUUAUUUUACAGAGUCCACCAUAGUAGUACGGUGCCCCUGGAGCAAAUUAGGGUUAAGUGCCUUGCUCGAGGGCAUAUUGACAGAUUUCUCCCCUUGUCAGCUCGGGUAUUGGAACCAGCGACCCUUCGGUUACUGGUCCAACACGAUGCAUACAGCAAUUGUGGCCACUUAAGGCUUGAGCAGAUUGAGCAUAGACCGCAAUCAGUAAAUCUGGGACAAGCCGAUCUUAAAUUCAGUUUUCAUUUUCAAGAGAUGAGAUGAUUGGCCCAGAUCAUCUGCGCAAGUUUCAUGCGGGACUAUGAUUACCCCACUUGACUCAGUGAAAGUAUAUUUGCAUUUCACCGUCUGUACAGUAAGCUAUGGAUUGCAGAGGAAUUGGAACAUUGACAUGUUGACGUUAGAGCCUUGAUCAUCUUAUCAAACGAUACUCUCGUACCAGACUUCUCACUGUAUGUGAUGACAGAAGAACAAACAAUGGUUUUCAAAAGCCUCAACCACGUCAGGUGUCUAUUUUGAAAACCCAACCUUGUGAUCGGAGUAAACUUCAGUGCAGCUUAUUUCUUGGCCGUUAACACCUCUGUCUAUAGUAUUUAUUCAGCUAUGAAUGAGCUGUUGGGGAAUUAAUACUCUCGUCGAAGCACAGUUGGGAGCAACUACUUCCAUGUCAGGUUACAUUACUCUCUGAAUCCUCUGCCUUGUGUCAGAAAUCGCAUUAGUCUGUGCACAAUGAAGUGGAGCCCCUCUGUCAGGGGUGUGGUUAUGUUAAUGUGUUGUACUGCAUUGUUAGGUAUACCAGGAGCUCAUUCUUGAGUGAACAAGAAAUUCAUGAAUAUAAUGUAUAUAUGAAGAAAAGGUCAUGUACUUUUUACAAUGUAAUAAAUUUAAUGUAACGAAA